AAAAAAUUUAAAUUUGUGAUUUGAAGUAAAGAUUGUUCUAUCUUUAUAAAUUGUUGAGGAAAAACACUAGUUUAAAACAUUACUCAGAUACCUCAAAGAAGAGGAGAAAACAAAAUUGGUGCUCAAUUAGGUUUACAAAAGAUGAAUUUAGUGGAAACCCACAGUACAGCAAAAUAACAACAACAACUACCUGUGAAAUUAUGCAGACUUUAUCACUAUCUCGACAGAGAUAAGUGUAGCGAAUUUAGAUUAAAAAAAAAAGAAACAGUGAAUCAACUAUAGCAACUAAUAAGGGAAUUGUGCAAAGAAUACAGCAAAGUAGAUGAUGAAAAUUAUUCAUUCCCUUUGCAAGUAUUCUGAUUGUCUUCGAAAGGAAAUUUGGCAUUUUCAAUAUCGAAAACCAAUUAGAUUGAGCAACUGUACUUUUACUAGUUGUGCAAGUAUAAAUUCACUGGUUCUUGAUGGUUGUUAUGAUGAAGAAAAUGAAUAUUACUCAUCCAUUGGUCAUCCACGAGUAACGAAAGAUAAUGGAUAUUUCGAUUAUACGUAUUAUCUAAGUUUACUAGAUAGUUGCUUGAGUGAAGGGUCAAUUUUAGAUGCAAAGAAACUACAUGGGAAGUUGUUGAAAUUGGGAUUUGGUGUUGACUGUAGUGUUGGUGUUAGGUUUCUUGAUAUUUAUAUUGCUGCUGGAGAUUUAUCUAGUGCAUUGAAAAUAUUUGAUAAUUUGCCAAGUCGGAUUAGAAAUGUGUCUUGCUGGAAUGUAUUUUUGUCUGGUUCUUCACGGAUGAAAAGAAAUGAUGUAGUUUUUAAUUUGUUUUCUCGAAUGAUUAGAGAUGGAGUUAAUCCGGAUGAGUUCACGUUUUCUGGAGUUCUGCAAGCCUGCGGUGAUUGCAAGGUUGCAUUUUGUUUCCGGGGUGUUGAACAGAUUCAUGCUUUGAUUUUGCGCUAUGGUCUUGGCUUGCAGCUUAUUGUUUCUAACCGUUUGAUUGAUUUGUAUUCUAGAAAUGGAUUUGUAGAUUCUGCUAAGCAAGUCUUUGAGGAUAUGGUGGUAAGGGAUAGUUCAUCUUGGGUUGCCAUGUUAUCUGGUUUUUGUAAGAGCAACCGAGAAGAAGAUGCUAUUCUACUAUAUAAGGAUAUGCGUAAAUUUGGAGUUAUUCCGACUCCAUAUGUUUUCUCUAGUGUUAUAAGUGCAUUAACAAAGAUAGAAGCAUUUAAUUUGGGGCAACAGCUCCAUGCUAGUAUCUAUAGGUGGGGAUAUUUAUUUAAUGUUUUUGUAAGUAAUGCCCUUGUUACGUUGUAUUCUCGCUGUGGAUACUUAACAUUGGCCGAAAAAGUAUUUGUUGAAAUGCCACAGAAGGAUGGAGUUACCUAUAAUUCCCUAAUCUCUGGUCUCUCUUUGAAAGGAUUCAGUGAUAAGGCUCUGCGGUUAUUCGAGAAAAUGCAGUCAAGUUCGUUAAAACCUGACUGUGUUACAAUUGCAAGCCUCUUGGGUGCUUGUGCAUCGUUAGGAGCUAUUCAGAAGGGAAGACAACUGCAUUCUUAUGCAACAAAGGCCGGUCUAUGCUCAGAUAGCAUAAUUGAAGGUUCUUUACUUGACCUUUAUGUUAAGUGCUCUGAUAUUGGAACAGCCCAUAAAUUUUUCCUCGGAAGCCAGAUGGAAAACAUUGUCCUUUGGAAUGUGAUGCUCGUGGGUUAUGGGCAGAUGGGUGAUUUGGAUGAAUCGUUCAAAAUCUUUUCACAGAUGCAGUUUAAAGGGUUACAUCCUAAUCAAUACACAUACCCCAGUAUAUUGAGAACCUGUACAUCUGUGGGUGCUUUGUAUCUUGGAGAACAAAUACAUAGUCAAGUUUUAAAAACUGGUUUCUGGCAGAAUGUUUAUGUAUGUAGUGUGCUUAUAGAUAUGUAUGCCAAGCAUGAAAAAUUGGAUGCAGCGGAGAAAAUUUUUUGGCGUCUAAAUGAGGAAGAUGUUGUAUCUUGGACAUCUAUGAUUGCUGGCUAUGCUCAGCAUGACUUCUUUGUUGAAGCUCUAAAACUUUUUAGAAAAAUGCAAGACCAUGGUAUUCAAUCUGAUAACAUAGGAUUUGCAAGUGCAGUCAGUGCAUGUGCUGGCAUUCAAGCACUUGAUCAAGGGAGACAAAUCCAUGCCCAGUCAGUGGUGUCAGGCUUCUCAUUAGAUCAUUCAAUAGGCAAUGCGUUGAUUUUUCUUUAUGCUAGAUGUGGCAGAAUACAAGAUGCAUAUGAAGCAUCUGACAAAAUUGAUACAAAAGAUAUUAUUUCAUGGAAUGGCUUGGUAUCAGGUUUUGCCCAAAGUGGAUUUUGUGAAGAGGCAUUGAAAGUGUUUUCUAGAUUGCACAGAGACGGAGCGGAAGCUAACAUGUUCACAUAUGGGUCUGCUGUUAGUGCCGCUGCUAAUACCACUAAUAUUAAACAGGGGAAGCAGAUUCAUGCUAGAAUAAUAAAGACUGGUUAUAAUGCCGAAACAGAAGCUUCUAAUGUCCUGAUCACAUUGUAUGCAAAGUGUGGAAGCCUUGUAGAUGCCAGGAAAGAGUUUCUUGAAAUGCAAAAUAAAAAUGAUGUGUCGUGGAAUGCUAUGAUAACAGGUUAUUCUCAACAUGGACGUGGCAAUGACGCUAUAGAACUGUUUGAGGAGAUGAGACAUCUUGGUGUGAAACCAAACCAUGUCACCUAUUUGGGUGUUUUAUCAGCGUGUAGCCAUGUGGGUUUAGUGGACAAGGGGCUUUGCUAUUUCAAUUCAAUGAGUAAAGAUUAUGGUUUAAUGCCAAAACUAGAACAUUAUGCAUCUGUUGUAGACAUUUUAGGACGAGCUGGCCAUUUGCUGCGUGCAAUGAAGUUUGUGGAGACUAUGCCAAUAGAACCUGAUGCUAUGAUUUGGAGGACCCUCCUAAGUGCUUGCAUAGUUCACAAGAACAUUGAAAUAGGCGAAGAGACAGGUCACCGCCUCUUAGAAUUGGAGCCUCAAGACUCAGCAACUUAUGUUUUACUAUCAAAUCUAUAUGCAGUUCUUGGAAGAUGGGAUUCUCGGAACCAGACAAGACUACUGAUGAAAGAUAGAGGUGUUAAGAAAGAGCCAGGUCGUAGCUGGAUUGAAGUUAAAAACACUAUCCAUGCAUUUUUUGUUGGAGAUAGACUCCAUCCAUUAGCAAAUCAUAUCUAUGACUUUGUGGAGGAACUAAAUAAACGGGUAGUUAAGAUUGGUUAUGUCCAAGACAAUAAUAGUCUUUGGAGUGAUUUGGAGUUGGGACAAAAAGAUCCAACUGCUUAUAUCCACAGUGAAAAGUUAGCUAUUGCCUUUGGACUUCUAAGCUUGCCUGAAAUGAUUCCCAUACGAGUGAUGAAGAAUCUCCGCGUCUGCAGUGACUGCCACAACUGGAUAAAGUGUGUGUCGAAGGUUGCAGAUCGAGCCAUUGUCGUACGGGAUGCAUACAGGUUUCAUCAUUUUGCAGAUGGUGAAUGUUCUUGCAAUGAUUUCUGGUAAUUGGAACUAUUGAAGGGUUGCAGUGUGGUGAACUGCCAGUGUUUGAGAUUGAUGCUCUGGAUACCUUUAUCAAUAGAGGGAUUAACAUUUCAUCUUGAUGAUAUUUUUGGUUAGGUUUGUUAUGGCCUUGGUUCAGAAGUCAAUUUAUCUGCGGCCAUUCAGGUCAACUAUAGUCCGUAAUAUUCAUCUCUUUCCAACUAUCAAAAGUCCCCUAUAGUAUACUUCAGUGCCCAUUUUUUCAGAUCCGGCAAAACUACUGAUUUUAAUUGCAAUGAUUAAGCUUACCCUUUAAUUCCCCUUCAGGAAGCACAAUUACAAUUAGGUGUUAACUCUGCUGUAAAAAUAUAAAAAGAACGGUGUGCUAUCUUCUCAAUAAACUUACCAUAUUCUACAUUUGUUAGUUGUAAAGUGUGAAGCAUAUAUACUGCUAUGUCGAUGUUUGCAUAUUAUUUAGAAGUUGAUACCUCUGGGGUAUGUGAACUUCCUUCUUUUACAAUCAAUCAAAAGAUGAUUGGUUUGCCCAGACCAUCUGUAAACACAUCCCCUACUGAUCAGUAAGGUUGCAUGUACUUCUUGUUCUUGGUCUAGUAGUAAGAGCGUAGUACAUGAUGUGGAUUAGGUGCACAUAAGAAAUUCGAAUCCUCGACAGACAAAAGCCUAGUAUUUAAAUGUAGAUGGGUAGAAGGGCGGGUCCAUUGUCCAACAAAUGCCAAGGUUUGAACCAUACUCCAUGGACCCAGGUUAUUUCUCGGUUAUAUAGAGAAUAUCUCGAGUAGGUUUCAAGGUAGCCAAAAUAACCAUGAUUCCAUGUCUCUGUUCCGUUUGUGGCAACCUCGCCUUCUAGCCCCUCUUUCUUUUUGUGUCAAUCUGGCAUGAAACUCUUUUGAGAAUAUAUUUUGACAUAUUUAUUUAGCAUACAUUAACAUAUUUACAUGGUUGGUGCUGUCAACUGCAGUGCAUUAGUUUCAAACAACUGGAUCAAAAACUGUUUCAUGCGUCCUCCCUGGUGAUAGAUGUUGAGCAUCCAGAUAAAAAUGAAAAACCGAAGGAUCGGAAGAGUAAGCUGAGGUGAAGUUCACAAUUAUGAGCCACAACGUGAAAGGACCAACUGAUUAUGUAGCUGAACUGGUUAGUAUAUUACAUUACCAUUAUUUGGUACGUUCACGGCAUUUUUUCUAAAGACAGUGGUGUCUGGGCCAGCUUGACGCACCUAGAUUAUUCCACUGGGUACAUGCUACCUUCCACCAACACAUGUACUACUAUGCGUCCAAGGCUUAAGUGGAGGAAAAGAAAUCAGCGGACUGCUAGGAAUCACCAAUAUAUUUUUCAUCAUAUGGUAAACAACAUAAGUUUCGGAGGAAAAGCUGUUCAACAUUACUCAUUCAUUGCCUGGUUUGAAACUGCUGGCUAUCUUUCUCGAUAGGAAAAAUCCUAACCAGUAAGCUGAGAUCAUUAUAAUAUAUUAACAGGCAUCCAAAUUAUGAUUCCAUCUUUCUCAUUAGCUUGUACCUUAUAAUUGUGGAAGUGCAUCCUUUGUAUAAGGACUGUAGGGUGAGAAAUGAGGUUGAUAAAAUGCUACUUGAAGUAUUUUAUUUCGUGAAUGAUUUUGCAAAACUGAAACUCCAGUUGCCAGAGGCAGAUGAUGCUGUUGAGGCUCACAAGAAAAAUGUGGAGGAUGCAAACAAAGAUUAAUGAUGAAGGGCAUGUCAGACAUGGAUGAGUGAGCUACCAUUUUCAGAUACAGAACUAACCUUCAACCACAGACUUCCACUUGUGGAAUUGCCCUUUCACUGAAACCAAACAAAUACAUAAAUUUAUCCAUCUAGAGAAGGGGAGGGAGCAUAUGUGAAGCUUUGACGCGAAGAUAAAGAUGUUUAUGAGACUUUGUACAUGCUAUAAGGCAUAUAUGCCUUGUUUUUUAAAUCCUAAUCCUCAGAAAACUUUAAUUUC